GAGACAGGUCAGGGGUCAUCCUGAGGUGAUCUGGAGGGAAGAGAAGGGGUAUAGCCCUCUCCUUACAGACUGUCACCUGAACAAAGGUCCUCACCCUGCAGAGGUCAGAGUCGUCCUCUGGUGACCUUUACAGAGAUCACUGUGGCCUGUGAUUGGCUGACAUCUCUGAGGAAGGAGCCCACUCUCAGUCAGUCACCUCCUCUGUUCUCCACAGAGCCCGUGGGGAAGCCCUCCAUCCGAGCCAGCAAUGCCACAGUCACAGAGCAUAAGGACGCUGUGGUCCUGACCUGCCUCACAAAUGACAGAGGGAUCUCCAUCCGGUGGCUCUUCAAGAACCAGAAUCUCCUGCUCACGGACAGGAUGAAGCUGUCCCAGGGCAACAGCACCCUCACCAUAGGCCCCGUCAGGAGGGAGGACGCUGGGGAUUAUCAGUGUGAGAUCUUCAACCCCGUCAGUUCCAGCAAAAGUGACCCCUUCAGGCUGGAUGUGCAAAAUGGUCCAACACUACCAAGUCCUGGCCUCUCAGAUGGGGCUAUUGCCGGCAUCGUGAUUGGCGUCCUGGCUGGCGUAGCUCUGAUAGCAGCCCUGGUGUACUUCCUGUAUUUCAGAAAGACUGGAGGGGCAAGCGACCAGCGCGAUCUCACAGAGCACAAACCCUCAGCCUCCAACCACAGUCAGGGCCUCUCUGACAACGCACCUAAGAAGGGCAGAGACUGGGAGAAGAAAAACCGGAGACCAAGAACUGAGAAGCUGCAAAACCACAGACGGCUGCAGAAUCUAAAGAUGAAGCAGGAAGGUCAGAUGCAGAUCUCUCUGGAAUCACAGCUCUCUGUACAGAGUGCCCUCUGCCCUGGGCAGUGAUGUGGGGUUGGAACAUGAUCCUGGUCUCCCCAAGAAUGGGAAUUGCUGGUAGAACAUUAACUAGCUGCGCAGGAGCAGAGAGCAAUGGAGCCCUCUCCCUACCUAUUCUCCCCAGUUUCCUCGGAGAGAAGGACAGUUCAAGGCUAUGUGCCCAGCCCGAGGAUUUGAUGGUUCUUUUCUGUAAAAUAAAACUUAAAAAGCCAGGUCAGGCAGGGAUCACAAAGCAGAAACGGGGCACAGGCAAGAAUGCACUAAAAGGAUAUUGGCGCAUGCUGUUUAAGGUCAAAGUCUUCUGAAACGUGCCAAUCUCCCUCCACUGCUGCCUGGGCUCUGUAGUUGGAGCCCUAUCUGAACUCGAACGAGAGCAAGAAAGGA